GUCAUUCCAACCAUGAGACUCAUCUUUCAAGCUUGUUCAAUAAUCUUCACACUCGGCAACCUGGUGGCUUCUCAGUCGCAAUCUCUUGGUUGGAAAGAUGCCAUCAACACCACAAUAAUCAAUUUCAACAAUGAGAAGAUGCAGAUCACAUGGGCAGCAAGAAAACUAUUUCCCAGUGAGAAUGUGUCAUUUUCUUAUACAUUUGAUGAAGGCAAGCACAAAGUUUGGAAGCCAUGUCCCACCUAUUUAUUGGAUCAAGAUUAUAAUUCUGGAUGUCUUUUUAAGACAGAUGGACCCACCCUUGCCAUCUCUAUCAGGAACAGCAAUGGAAGUGAAGAGCUUUUUUCUAAAAGACUGAAAUCUGAUUUUUAUAUAAAGCCCAAUAGACCAGAAAAUGUGACCUUCUUCUGGAAAGAGGACACCGUUACUGUAAGCUGUAAUAAACCAGAGAGAGCUGUGAAGUGCUUGAGACUUGAGCUUCAAUACAAAAGCAAGUUUGACAAAGACUGGCAAUCCAGAACUUCUAAGUGUUGCAGUGUUGGAGAGCAAGGCUUUGAUACAAGGAAAUGCUAUUCUUUCCGGGUCAGACUGAAGAGGCUAGUACCCUACUGCAACGUAGUUAAUUACAGCAGUGACUGGGAAGCAGAAACAUUUUGGAUGAAUGGCACAUUAUUAGAUUCAUGUGAUGAUGAUACAAAAUCUCAGUCAAACACAGUAAUUUUUUUAAGUUGUUUUCUGGCAGUACUUCUAAUGAUACUUAUCCUCUUGAUUCUUCUGUGUAAAUGGCAGAGGCUUCAAAAAUCAGUCAUGCCUGCUAUACCGGAUCCAAAAUACGUAUUUGUUGAUCUCUUCAAUGAUCAUAAUGGAAACUUCCAGGAAUGGAUAGACAAAACUGCUCACGCAAUGGUACAAACCAAGCCAGAAUAUGAAGAGCCAGAGUGCAUCAUUGAGGCAGAAAGCCAGCAAGAAGACGAGAAGAAUAGUGACAAACAGGGUUCUCAAGAAAAAAUCUUCAGUUUUUCAAGAGCAGCUGAAAACAAUGACUCCAAAGCAGCUCAGAUAGCCUGCCUGAUGCCAACAUCCAACACUAUAGCUUCUUUUGCUGGCUUCCAGAUUUUAAUGAACGAUGAUAUGUAUGUGAUGUUAUAA